GGCGUUUCCGGACGGCGGGGCGGGGCGCAUCCUCGAGCUCAGACUGGUGGUUUCGUUGGAGGGCGGGGCCAUCGGAAUCCUUUUUGUUCAAACCGCCCAAUGGGCGCGCGCGGGGGGCGUUGCCGGGCUCCAGGGGCGGUUGCCUUGGCCUCGGCCUGUUGGUGGUGACAGAGGCGGCUCGGCAGAACGGAGGCGCUCCCGAAGCUUCGUGGAACGCUCGCCGCGCGCGCUCAUUGGCUCCUGCUCGCGCCCGCUUUGUCCUCGCGCGUCUCGGGAACGCGCACCGCACUCCCUCGGUAGCCGCCAACGGACGCGGACGCGGACGCGGACGCGGAGGGCGGGGAGGGACUGAGCGGUCUCCGCAGAUUUUUCUAGAAUUUCUAGAGCGAAAAAAUAAUGAUGAUGUCUCGACGCAGUCAGCGCCUGAGCCAUUAUUACCAGGUUGAUGAUGAUGGAGGCAGCAGCAGCAGCAGCGGAGGGAGCUCCCUGACUGUGGGCCAGCCCGCUGCCUUCAAGGACAGCAGCCCCGUGAGGGCUCUGAAGAGGAAGUCGAGCAGUGUGAAGCACCUCUCUCCGGUCCGCCUGGCGGGCCCUGCUCCCAGUGCCCAGAGCACCUAUUACAGCGAAUCCGUUGUCAGUGAGACUUUCAUUGGGAGACCCCGGGCCACCCCAGGGGCCAAAACCCAAAGCUCCAUCCUGAACGAUGAGCAGCUGGACAGCGAUUCCUAUUGGAGUGGGGACCCACUGGUGCGGAGGAGGAGAGGCACAGGAGGCACUGAGAGCAGCAAGAUUAAUGGCCUGACUGAGGGCAAAGUCACCUAUGACACCUAUGGGUCUUCCUCAGGAUACUCCUCCGAGGAUGACUUCACAGGGCGGGCAGCUAUGGACCAGCUUAGCCCAGUAUCCGCCCUCAAGAAUGCCGCCGCCCAAGUUGGCGCUUUCCUGUGGAUGGUGAUCACUUUUCCAGGAUGGCUUUUUGGACUGCUCUACUGGUGGAUCGGUACCACCUGGUACCGCCUGACCACGGCCGCCUCUCUGCUGGAUGUUUUCGUUUUGACCAGACCCUUUUCCUCUCUGAAGAAGUUGUUCCUGAUUGUCUUGAUGAUGCUGCUUCUGGCUUCUCUGGCUUAUGGUGCUUGGUAUUUCUACCCCUAUGGACUACAGACCUUCCACCCUGCUGUGUUCUCCUGGUGGGCAGCAAAGGGCGGCAACAGGAGAGAGGAGGUGUGGGAAUCGGGAGACUCCACCCCAUAUUUCCAGGCUGAACAACACGUCCUGUCAAAGAUUCAUACCCUGGAAAGACGCCUGGAAACUCUGUCUUCCGAAUACUCUACCCAAUGGCAGAAGGCGAUCCUGGAGCAUGGGGAACUAGAGAAGGGGGCCGGUGGGAAAGGCCUGAGCGCCGACAACACUCUGACCAUCCUGGAGGGCCUGGUGAGCCGGCGAGAAGCCGCCCUGAAGGAGGACUUCCGCAGGGACAUGGCCGCCCACGUCCAGGAAGAGCUCGCCAUGCUCAGGGCAGAACAUCGGCGGGAUUUGGAUAACCUUUUGAAGAGGGUUACUCAGACCUCCCAGGAGAUGGAAAGUUGGGUCCUCCAGUUCAAGUCUGAGUGGCAGAGUUUGGCCCAAGAAGCCCUCCGGGAGAACGUGCUGAAGGAGAUGGGCCCACUGGAGGCCCAGCUGGCCGGCCUGAAGCAGGAGCUGUCAGGCCUGAGCCAGAAGCAAGCGGCCGUGGCGCAGCAAGUGGACCUUUGGCCGCAGAAGAUGGAGGCUUUGCGCGAUGACGUGAAGUCGCACUUGCCAACUUGGAUCCGCCAGUUCCUCCUCCGAAACAAGGAGGCUCUGGCCGGGCUCUUCCAGCUGGAGGAGGUUCAGGUCCAACUGCGGGAGCUGGAGCGCAGGAUCCUGGGGAGCGUGGCCGAGGAGCAGGGCCGGUCGGCACGUGAAGCCGCCGCCAACCUGAAGCUGACCCUCCGCAAGGAGGGCAUGACCGGCGUGACCGAGGAGGAAGUGAACCAGAUCGUGCAGCAGGCUCUGAAGCGCUACAGCGAGGACCGCAUCGGGUUGGUGGACUACGCCCUGGAGUCGGCAGGCGCCAGCAUCCUCAGCACCCGCUGCUCGGAGACUUACGACACGAAGACGGCCGUCCUCAGUCUGUUUGGUGUCCCCUUGUGGUACUUGACUCAGUCCCCAAGAGCCAUCCUCCAGCCGGACGUGUACCCCGGCAACUGCUGGGCAUUCCAGGGCCCCCAGGGCUACGCCGUGAUUCGCCUGGCCGCCCGCAUCCGCCCCACCGCGGUCACUUUGGAGCACGUGUCCAGAACCCUGUCCCCCUCGAGCGACAUCCCCAGCGCCCCCCGGGAAUUUGCUGUCUUAGGACUAAGUAGAGAAUACGAGUCAGAGGGGAUCCUUCUCGGGGAGUUCACCUACGAUAAGGACGGGGAUCCCAUUCAGACCUUCCAGCUGCAGGGCAACAACACAUUCACAUACCAGGUAGUUGAGCUUCGGAUCGUGAGCAACUGGGGUCACCCGGAGUACACCUGCAUCUACCGCUUCCGUGUCCACGGGGAGCGGGUGUCCUCCAAUUAGGCCCCUCUCAGUACCCCGUGCACCUCCCCCCUCCCCCCUCCCCUCCCUCCCGCAGCAAGCAGCUCCCCCACUUCCUCCUCCCGCCCCCACGCUUAAGCCCCCUAAAGGCUUCUGGGAGAGGGACGGAGGAAUAGGAGCCCCCUUUGGAGCAGUCUUGCCUCGGCGGGCUCCCUCCGACAUGGAGAGGGCCCCCCGAGCUAUUUCUGUUUCAUUCCCCUUCCCUUUGGGCCAGGCGGCCCAGCUCCCCCCUGCCCGCCCCCCAGAAGCGUAUCUACGUGUUACAUGGUGGGGAUGGGGCCUGGACCUCGGGGGGCCCUUUCUGCCCAGCACGGCCCCGCGGCACCACGGCUCCCCCGGCUGCAGGCCGGGACUCGGGUGUCUCAAGGACGGACUGAUUGAACAGUUGCGAAGGGCAGACUGGCGGCCAGCCUGUGGCGAGCGAGCCCCAGGCGCCGGCCAAAGCCCCUGCCAAGGGACCGCCUGGUCCCCUCCACCAAGGGGCACGACGGGUGCGGAUUUGAGAGCGGAAGCACCUGAGAUGGAUCGUGACUCCCUGGACAUUGUGCCAACAGCCUCGGUUCGGGGAAAGAUGUGCGUCCGGGACCACCUGGCGCAGCAUUUAGAGACUGUCUCCCCAGGGACCCAGCCCUGGCGGGGAGGCCUUCGACCCAGCGGGGUUCGAGAGGGAUCGAGGGCUUCUGAUGGCAGUAUUAGACGCAGCAUUAAUCAUGGAUUAGAUGAUGCUGAAAGGGAGAUGGGGCUGGGGGUCCUUGGGACCCAGGCCCAGGGCUCCCAAGGCAGCAAGGGCAGCUUGUUUAGGGGCUCCUCCCUCCCCCUGCAGGCCCAGAGGCCCUUCUGUUCCACCUUAGAGCCCGGCCAGCUCUGCCUGGGUCCCCGGGGGCUCUCCUUGGGGCCCGCCAGCUCCGUAAUUGGGGGCACGGUGGGAAAGGAGCCUGGCGGGGAUGCUGAUGAGAAGGGGCCCUCCGGGGUCCUCUAGGUUUGCACUGAGCAUGUGCUGCCCUCUCCCGGGGCGGAGCGGGACUUGCCAUGCCUGAAGGGCCUCUGCAGGGAAACUGGGCCUUAUAGGCCCCCCUGGGCUCUCAAUAGGGGCUCGAGCUCUUAAGUUUUUUUCUGGCUUGGCUAACCAAGCCCAGGGCAAGUGUUAAAUUCAUUGGGAUGGGGGUGGGGGUGGGGGUGGGCUUGUUGGAGUUAAGACCAGGUUGGGAGGGGGAGGGCACAAAGUCUUUGGCCCUGCGGGCCACUCGUAUUAUGUAUAUAGAUCUAUAUAUUUCUAUAUAGAUAUAUUUCGUGGUUUUUUACCAGAAAGAAAAGCUAAGGGCUUCAUUCUUGGCCACCUCCCCUGGGGCUCCGGGUGAUAUUCACUCCAGCCCCAGCUGGGGAGGGGCUGUCGAGCACCGAUUCUGCCAUCCUUUCUGCCUCUUAACCAUCAGGAGGGAAGGCCGCUCUGUGCCAAUUGAGGCGGGGCUGCUGCCAGCUGCCCCUCGGCCCAGCCCGCUCCCUCUGCUUCGGGCCCCUCCCGGGAAGCUGGCAUCCAAUAGGAAUAGGAUAGGAAUAGGAUAGAACUGCAGAUGGGGCUUUAGCUCUUCCCCAUCCCAAAGGCUACACUGUUUAAUUCCUUGUUUUAUUUUUUAAUCGACAAGAUUCUAAUUUAUGCCUAUGCAAAAACAAUAAAAUUUUUUCUUGCA